CGUUCACUGCGGAUGUUUUGCAGUCAGUCCACUUCCGGGUAGCUCUGAAUCAGAAAAAGAAAACCAAACUGAGUAAAUCGGUUAAUUCUUAAAUUUCUGAUCAUGCCGGAGUUGAACUAGUACAUAUUUAUACAAUGAAGAUACUAUUUUUGCUCAACUUCGUGGUUUCCUACUGGAUAAUCGGCGCCAUUAAAUUUUUUAACGAAGAGGACCGCGAACAAAGCAAAAAAUAUGAUGUUCUCCACACAAUCCUGUCGGAUUUUGACAUCCUGCCGCUGUCGAGACUUCAGAUGCACUCCGUGCGGAGAAGAGACGUCCACACCCAUUCGCACCUAGAGAGACUGGUCAGCUUCACUGCUCUGCAGAGGAACUUCAAGCUGUAUCUGACUUCUAACACUGGCCUUUUUACUGAGGACUUUAAGGUUGUGUUUGUUGAUAAAAAUGGUGGGGAGAAAGACUAUGAUGUUCAGCUUCAGAACUAUUUCACAGGACAUGUUGUUGGGGAAGAACAUUCACGCAUCCAAGCACACAUAGAUGGCGAUGAGUUUUCUGCACACAUACUUACUGAGGAGUCUGAAUAUACAAUAGAACCAUUAUGGAGAUUCACAAAUUCAGCAGCCGAUGGCAGCCUUCUUGUUUAUCGCUCUGAAGAUAUAAAAAAUUUGAGUCGAAUGGCUUCUCCAAAAGUUUGCGGCUAUAUGCAGGCUCAGGACAAGUACUUUCUGUCAGAGUUGGGGCGAAACCAUGGGCCACAGGAGCAUGAACCCCAAAGCAGAGAGAAGAGGUAUGUCCAUGAUCACAGAAAGAAUACAUGCCCACUGCUGCUGGUGGCCGAUUACCGCUUUUACAGGCACAUGGGGAGAGGACAGGAGAGUGUCACUCUAAACUACCUGAUUGAGCUGAUUGAUCGAGUUGAUGACAUUUAUAGAAACACAACAUGGGAUGAGGAGUUCAAAGGGUACGGAGUACAGAUCCAACAGAUUAUCAUCAACAAAGAGCCCACAAAGCCUCCACCAGGCCGUGACCCCCGCUCCUGGAUCCACUACAACAUGGAAAACAGCACUGUGAAGGGAAAGGAAGCCUGGGAUGUGAAGAAGCUCCUGGAGCAAUUCAGUGCAGACAUAGCGGACAAUGCAUCCAGUGUAUGUCUGGCUCACCUUUUCACCUAUCAGGACUUUGACGAGGGCACUCUGGGCCUCGCCUAUGUGGCUCCCUCCAAACCCCAUGCGCUGGGUGGCCUCUGUCCCAAACCAUACUAUCCCUCUGCUUCAGCCAAAAAACCAAGCUACCUGAACACUGGACUGACCAGCACCAAGAAUUAUGGCAAAACCAUCCUAACAAAGGAGGCAGAUUUGGUGACCACUCAUGAGCUAGGACACAACUUUGGAGCCGAACACGACCCUGAUAACAUCCCUCUGUGUGCCCCCACUGAUGACCAAGGGGGCAAGUUUGUCAUGUACCCCAUCGCUGUGAGCGGGGACCACUACAACAAUAAGCGUUUCUCCAACUGCAGCAAGACAUCUAUUGGAAAGACCCUGCGGUUUAAAGCCCCAGUUUGCUUCAAGGAGCGAAACAGUAAAGUGUGUGGGAACUCUCGUGUAGAGGAGGGCGAGGACUGUGACCCAGGUUUGCUCCACCUCAAUGAUGACACCUGCUGCACAGCUGACUGCAAGUUCAAACCUGCUGUUAAGUGCAGUGAUAGAAACAGUGCAUGCUGUCAGAAUUGCACAUUUAAGCCAGCAGGAAUAAGGUGCCAAGAGGCCAUCAAUGCAACAUGUAAAGGCAUUUCCUCCUGUACAGGAAACAGCAGUAAGUGCCCUCCACCAGUGAACGCAGCUGAUGACACGGUGUGUGUGGACAAUGGCAGGUGUCGAAAUGGAGAGUGUAACCCUUUCUGUGAGGCCAUGCAGAACCUCCAGUCCUGUGCCUGCAACGAGACGGAGCACUCGUGUAAAGUGUGCUGUAGGAAGGACGGGGCAUGUAUUCCUUUUAAGCUGACCAAUGGGAGCUACCUGUUCCUCCGCAAAGGGAAGCCCUGCACUGUGGGCUUCUGCGAUGAGGCUGGCAAAUGCAUGAAGCAGGUUCAGGAUGUGAUCGAAAGGCUGUGGGAUUUUAUUGACAAACUCAACAUCAACACAUUUGGCAAGUUCUUGGCCGAUAACAUUGUGGGGUCAGUGGUAGUGUUUUCCCUAGUCUUCUGGAUCCCUCUGAGCAUCCUGGUGCACUGUGUGGACAAAAAACUGGACCAGCAAUAUGAAGAAAACGCCAAGUGCUUUUACUACCCUCCCAGUAGUCAAGAAAUCUUGAGCAAUCUGGAAUCCACAUCCGUGCGCAUCGUCAAGCCUCCUCGAGCACACUUCUCCUCCGAAGGCCCGACCGGGCCCUCUUCUCUGUCCCCUCAGAACCAGCCUCUCAUGGCCAGCAAACCCGUGGCUCCAGGGGAGAGCUCCAGCCGCAGUCCGGACAGCGGCGGGGGCCCACGGAUGGCUACAAUCCAGGAGGACAGCAGCGACUCUCCCCACGGAGAGGAGGCCCCCGGCGCUUUCACAACCGCAGGAGCCUCCUCGUCGGCUACGAGAUCCUCCUGCGAGGAUCUGAGCGAGAACCCAACGGGCCGGGAGCGGCACCGCCUGCGCCGGCAGGACUGCAUUGACACCAAAGAGACAGAGUGCUGAGAGCCUUCAUCAUACAGAUAUUUUAACCUUCGUCAUUUAUCACUGGACUCAAGGCUUGUUCUGUAAACACUGGAAAGUUUGUUUUUAAUAGCUACUCAAGCUUGUUAUCUGCAUUUCAAAUUGAUUACAGUGGGAACAAUAGUCUGUAACUCACAUCAGUGUUGACAUCCUCAAAACAGUUCAAAACAUCAUCAGUGGCAGUAAUGGUAUGUAAGCGUAUUUAAUGUGCCUUUUCUAAUUGUGUGACAUAUCUAGUGAGUGUUAACAAUGUCAUUUGACUUAUUUAAGUUGUAGAGACAUGGAAUUCCUUCAAUACAUAUAUUAUUGUAACUUUUUUUUAGGGUAAUGCACUUGUUUUACCACUUAUGCCUUGAAUAACGUUAAAUGUUUAGAAUGUCAGAAUUAUUGUGCUUUCACUGUGAGAUUGGAACUGUUACAGCUGGUAUCUGUGGGACUUGUCAGUAAUUGAAGAACAUGAAUAAAAAAAAACCUAAAUGUU